CUCUAGCGCACUCUGGUUGCGCAAUUGCAGGCGAAGCGAUGUCAUGCAGGCUUCUGUCCAAGUGUCUUGUCGACGCCCGGUAUCUUGAGCCGCUACGGAAUGUCUUUUGUUGAAGAAAAUGUACCCCAAAACAUUCCAAAUCGCACACACCCCCAGGCCGGGUACUGAUGGUACGGGACGCACCGGUGCGUCCUUCAUCAGCGGGUGGAAGAGGGGCGGGGAGGGUUUUCUGAGUAUUGUCAUCCAGCGUCCUGAGACGGACAGGGGUGUACUGCAAUGAUCAUGCAGCCCAGCGGUCUUUGCCCGAUGCAGAUGGAAUAUCGCGAUGCCCUGCAGCAGCACAGUGCAGAUCCCCAAGGGUUGACGAGUUGCAUGGGUGGUGACAGUCGCCCAUGCAUCUGAAUAUGCAAAGUGCGAUAUCCAGCCUUGAAUUUUCGAGAAGCUGCCAAUACGAACCCCUCUACCUGAGGCAAGCCUCUUGUAGGCCAUCUCCCUUCCCCGCUCGAGUGCGAUAGAGCUUGUCCGCGAUCGUGGACGCUCGGGACAAUCGGGGGCCUGAAAAGGGAAAAAUUGGGCGAAGCGAAGUGCCCACCAAUCUCGCUGAUAGCUUAUCGACAGCACAUGUCGAUGCCUACGCCUAGGCAAUAGGCGGGAGUCGUGAGGAUCGC